GGGAGAGCAGCACAAGGGGCAGUCCGGGUGGGAAGGAGCACAGCUGGGCUGCUUGGAAGCCGCAUAUGCUAUCUGGAGCUCACUAGAGGCAAAGGGGAAUAUAAAUAUGAGUACGAAAUGGAAAACCUGGUACUUGCCUCUUGCUCAGACAAACUGAUUUCAACACUACUUUUAACUCUUCUGAGCUGUGUCACUUGCGUGCCUCUUGAUGACGAUUCAGUCUGCACAGCAGAAGAGCUGGCGACGUACAGCGUUGUUUUCACAGGGAAAUGGAGCCAAGCAGCUUUCCCCAAGCAGUACCCACUGUACAGGCCUCCAGCGCAAUGGUCAUCCCUUCUAGGCGUGGCCCAUAAUUCUGAUUACAACAUGUGGAAAACAAAUGAGUAUGCCAGUAAUGGUAUGCGCGAGUUUGCUGAAAGAGGUGAACCAUGGGCAUUAAUGAAGGAAGUAGAAGCAGCUGGAGAAAAAAUCCAAAGUGUGCAUGGAAUAUUCUCCACUCCUGCAGUUUCCACUGGCACAGGACAAGCCUCCACUGACUUUGAAGUGCAUUCAAGAUACUCUCUGGUAUCCAUGGCUGUACGAAUUGUGCCCAGCCCUGACUGGUUCGUAGGCAUUGAUAGUUUAAAUUUGUGUGAAAAAGAUCACUGGAAACAGAAGAUAUCAUUGGAACUUUUUCCGUACGAUGCCGGAACUGACAGUGGUUUCACAUUUUCCUCGCCCAACUUUGCCACCAUCCCACAAGAUACUGUCAAAGAGAUCACUUCCUCUUCUCCAAGUCACCCAGCAAACUCAUUUUAUUAUCCAAAGCUUAAAAAUUUACCACCUAUUGCUCGAAUAACCAUGAUAAAACUUAAAAGAAGCAAACUCGGCUUUCCUGUUCCUCAAAGCAAUGGGACAGCAAUAGGUAACGAAAUAGAUGAUUCUGUCUCAGAAACUCCGUUGGACUGUGAGAUCUCCCUCUGGUCUCCUUGGGGCCUUUGUAAAGGAAAGUGUGGGCGUUUAGGGAGCAAAACAAGAACUCGGUAUGUACGCCUUCAGCCUGCCAAUAAUGGGACUCCCUGCCCAAGCCUGCAAGAAGAAGCAGAAUGCGAACCAGAUAAUUGUGUCUGAAAUUAUUCUUUUGCACAAUUGUUUAGCUAAUUUAAACACAGAAGAUACUCAGUUAAUAUUGUCUGUGCCUGUUCACAUUCUUUAUAGUUCAGGAUAGUUGUAAUUUUUCCUUUGAUUGUGAUUAUUAUUAAUAUUAAUAUUAUUUCAUAAUUGGAUAGCUAGUUCUACUUGCUUUCUGCAAGGAAACAUCUGAUUGUGAAUUCCUGCAGCACCCCCUGGUGGCAGAAAAACGCUACCUUGUAUUUUGGUGGUCAGUCGUCUAUACUUGUAAAAAAGCUACCCCAUUCUUAAAGAUUUGGAAUGCGCUGUUUGAAAAAGUGUUUCUCCUGUGUGUCUCUAAAAUAUUUUGCUAGAUUGCGUUGGCACUUUCCAAACAUUUAACACAAGAGAAUGUACUUCGGAGAAAAACAGAAACAAAGCUCUACGAAUUUGGAAGCACAGUGGAGAAUAAAAUACAAAUAUUAGGGUAGCCGACAAAAAGCAGAAGAGACCAUAACUGUGUGUUUUGAAACAAAGCUCCACAAAAUGAUUACCUAUCCUUCAAAAUAAUUCUCCUUUUUUAGCCCUAUUCAGGGAUUACAUAUCUGUUUACAUUCAGCGCAGAUACAAGGGGAACACUCUAGCCUGUGUUUCUGUCCGACAUGUAGGAAGCAACAAGUCUGGAAAUGCAAGGAGCUUUCGCUAUCUGUGGGGAGCUCCCAUAUGAGUCAGGACGUCGGCAGGAUAUGCCUCCCCUUUUCUAUAACCAUGGGUUCUUGUGACCCAUAAGAUGGUGACAAAACCAGAAGGAGGACGUGGAGCCAGAGUGGUUCCCUCUAUCAAUGGUGUCUUCAAACAGAUAUACAACACCUGAAUUUUGUCAGUACUGAAUCUACUGCCUGCAAAUAUUUUUAAUAUUAUAAAAGGAACAGGUCUUUAUUGCCAUUCUCUUUACAAGAUGCCUGAUUCUAUAAUACGUCACUCAUUUUUUUCUCUGUCUGAUCCAAAAACUGUAGGCUUUUUAGAUUUGGAAAGUGCUCCAAAACUCUUAACAAUUUGUCUGCCCUUUCCAGAAUACACCCUUUCAAUGUAGAAGGACUCAGGCUCAAUCCCUAGCAUCUCUGUUUUGAAAUGUCAAAAGAGCUCAGCUGAUACCAUGUUUCUUCUGUUUGAAACCACAGAUCUCAGUGUUGUUCAGAUUAGAAAAAGUGGUCAAGAUGGACAAACUGUCUCAUGUGAUAUAUGUGUUUCCUGUGUAAACAUCCUGUACCCUAGCUCCUUUAGUUUGCAGCACUCUUCAUUCCAAACAGAAAGAAUCA